AUGGAUUUCCUGGCCCACAUGCUAAUUAAGUAUCCUGGUAACUUCUUUGCACUUCGCGGAAAUCACGAAUGUUCUCCAAUUAAUCGUGUCUACGGAUUUUUCGAAGAAUGCAAUCGUCGCUAUCAAAGCACUCGAUUGUGGUUGCAAUUUCAGGACGCGUUUGCUGCCCUACCGUUCACAGGUCUUAUAGCUGGCAAGAUCCUCUGCAUGCAUGGCGGUUUGUCGCCGAAGCUCAAAUCUAUGAAUAUUACUCGUCCUAUCGAUCCGCCGAAUCCUUCGUUGCAUAUCGAUUUGCUGUGGAGCGACCCUGACAACUACACAAAGCGGGCGUUUCUUAAAAGAAUCGUUACAUGCAGCGAUGGCCCUCGACUCUGCGUGGUGUAG